AUCGGGCGCCUGCUGAUGGACUCCAAGUAUGCCACCCUCACUGCCCGGGUAAAAGGUGGAGAUGGCAUCCGGAUCUAUAAGAGGAACCGUAUGAUCAUGACAAACCCAAUCGCCACCGGCAAAGACCCCACCUUUGACACCAUAACCUAUGAGUGGGCUCCUCCAGGAGUCACCCAGAAACUGGGCCUACAGUACAUGGAACUCAUCCCCAAGGAGAAGCAGCCUGUGACAGGUACUGAGGGCGCCCUCUACCGCCGACGCCAGCUCAUGCAUCAGCUCCCUAUCUAUGACCAAGACCCCUCUCGCUGCCGUGGACUUGUGGAAAGUGAGCUGAAAGCAAUGGAAGAAUUUGUCAAGCAGUACAAGAGCGAGGCCCUUGGGGUGGGCGAAGUGGCCCUCCCAGGCCAGGGAGGCUUGCCCAAGGAGGAAGGCAAGACACAAGAAAAGCUGGAGGGCCCAGAGACCACUGCCCCAACCACCAAUGGCAGCCUGGGUGACCCAUCCAAGGAAGUGGAAUAUGUCUGUGAGCUCUGCAAAGGAGCAGCCCCUGCUGACAGCCCAGUGGUCUAUGCUGAUAGGGCUGGCUACAGCAAGCAGUGGCACCCCACAUGCUUUGUGUGCAUCAAGUGCUCAGAGCCCCUGGUGGACCUCAUCUACUUCUGGAAGGAUGGUGCACCCUGGUGUGGCCGCCACUACUGUGAGAGCUUGAGACCCCGAUGCUCAGGCUGUGAUGAGAUCAUCUUCUCAGAAGACUACCAGCGAGUGGAAGACCUGGCCUGGCAUCGGAAGCACUUCAUUUGUGAGGGCUGUGAGCAGCUGCUGAGUGGCCGAGCGUACAUCGUCACCAAGGGUCAGCUCCUGUGCCCCACUUGUAGCAAGUCCAAACGCUCCUGAAGGGCUGCCCAACCACAGCCAGAGUCUAUUGGAUCCCACCAGGAGACUGAAGCCAUCCACUGGGGCG